CCUCCUUGACAGGAGCAAAGGAAAUACAAUCUGACCUUUCGCAAGUUGUCAAGCACGACCUCUCUACAGAGUUGAGAUCAAUCCCCGAAUCUCGGCGUGGUUCCUCGAGGGUUUUGAUCUGAUCGGAUUGAAAUCAGACCGGCAUGAGGCCAAUCCUAUUGCCGGAUCCGCCCAGUCUAUCUACCGGCGUACCUGAGAUUUUCGAACAAGGCGGAGCUCAGAACGUCGUCAGACGCGCCGUCGUCAUUGGAAACGGUUUUCCUGGCUCCGAGAAUCAGUGUAUCGGUCUCGUUCGCGCGCUCGGCUUAGCGGAAAAUCACCUACUCUACCGAGUUACAAGGCCUAAAGGAGGGAUAAAUGAGUGGCUGCACUGGCUCCCAGUUGGUUUUCACAAGAAGUUAGACUUUAUCCUCCGGCAUAUCUACCUCUACUCCAGAUUGAUGCUUAGAUCCAAACAAAGUAAAUACAUCGCAUCUGUACCCUCAGAGAAUGGCGGCAAUGUUGGCUUGGCCUCUAUUUUAGAGGCUGACGUGAAGAAGAUUGUGACUAUGGCCCGUGAGACCUAUGAAAAGGAUGGCCCGUUGGUAGUGAUUGCAUGUGGGAGAGAUACCAUUUCUAUUGCUAGCUCGAUAAGGCGUCUGGCUUCUGAAAACGUCUUCGUUGUUCAGAUACAACAUCCUAGAUCACACUUAAAUAGGUUUGACAUGGUUAUCACUCCUCGUCAUGACUACUAUCCUCUUACCCCCGAAGCGCAAGAGCAGGUUCCUAGAUUCCUGCGUAGUUGGAUAACUCCACGUGAACCACCUCAGGAUCAUGUAGUCUUGACUACUGGAGCUCUACACCAGAUCGAUUAUGCCUCACUUCGUAAAUCAGCUAGUGCCUGGCAUGAUGAGUUUGCUGCUCUUCCAAAGCCCUUAGUUGUGGUUAACAUUGGCUGGCCUAGACGUAACUGUCGGUAUGGUGCAGAUCUGGCAAAGCAGCUAACAGACGCCCUUCUUAGUGUCCUUGAUAGCUGUGGAAGUCUCAGGAUUGCUCUCUCAUACAAAACCCCUGAAAAGGUUUCAAGAGUAAUUUUCAAAGAAUUAGGAGGCAACCCAAAAGUCUACAUUUGGAAUGGCCAAGAACCAAAUCCUUACAUGGGACAUUUAGCUUGGGGUGACGCCUUUGUAGUGACAGCAGAUUCUGUCAGUCUCAUAAGCGAAGCCUGCAGCACCGGGAAACCCGUGUACGUUAUUGGAGCCGAUCACUGUAAAUGGAAGAUUGCAGAUUUCCACAAGUCUUUGAGGGAACGAGGAGUCGUCCGCUCAUUUACGGGUUUCGAAGAUAUGUCGGAAAGUUGGAGUUAUCCGCCAUUGAAUGACACUGCAGAGGCAGCUAUGAGAGUACGGAGUGCAUUAGCUGCACGUGGAUGGAGUCUACGCUCUUGAAACUAAUCUUUAGCUCUUGGUUGUAAAGUUUGUUUGCGGAACCACAUUUCUCGGAAGCUUAGAGAAAGAAAAGCCUAAGACAAUCGGAUGUGCAGAUAAAGGUGACUAUACCAGUAUACCAUUUGAAAGGGUUAUUUACGUUUCUUGUGCCCUAAAUUUUUGCUGACAUUACAAAAUAGUGAAUCUCUCAACUUCUUGUCAAUCGGAGUGGCCUCUGUGAGAUAACGAGAGAGUGGAAAGUUAUUUUUUCCGUUUGUAUUGCCUUGUCGGUGAGACUUGGAUGUGUAGAAUGAAAAAUGUCUCACGCACUUGUUUUCAAC